AUGAAUCCCAACGGCCCCCAACUACCAGGCACUGCCUCUGCCUCUCAUUUCUCGCCAUCUUACUCGCCCCUCUACCCUCCCGCCGUAGCGCACAACACCCGACUCUCAGCCUGCUUCACCGGCCUCGUGAUCGGCAUACUCGGCAUAACAAACUGGCGCGGAUUCGCCUUCUACGCCCUAACCUCCCUGGGGUCCGCAUACCUCGUCAGCGCCCUGAAAUGCGGUUUCAAUGUAUCGAAGUAUAUAGACCAGGGACCAAAGGCCGCUGCGGAGGCUGAGGCUCAAGCAGGCGGUAAAGGAGCAGUAGCAGGGGUGGGGUGGAAAGGAUGGUUGGGGCUCAUGGGGGUCGGACAGGAGAAUGUGCUGGGGUUCCUGUUGUUUUGGAUUGGAGGGUAUGCGCUGAUACACGGUGAGUACCUCCCUUGGGAUGCCGUUUGUGGGGAGUGGGCAGGAGUGCGUGGGUAG